CACACAUUCAUACAGUAUUCACUAUGCACUCUGCGCUAUGCACUAUGCCACAGUGGACGUUGCGAAUAUAGAAUCAUUAAUCGUUUUUGGUCCAUCAGAGAACAAGUCAUUCUCGAACCCUGAGGCCCCCAAAUCAUACAAGAUCUUUCUCCGAAGUGAAUACCAGAGACGGUCGAUACCUGCUACGUAGAUAUGCAGUGGUCUGCACAUUGAACCCGGACCAACUCUGCUAAUGCUACGGAGUACAGCUCUCAUCGUACCAACUGCCUACGAUCAAAGAAUCAGACGAAGGAA